AACGUAAAACAGUGGAGAAAAAAAAAAUCCACGUGCGACUUGAAAAUAUUUUUUCACAUUUAUGCUUCCCCCAUUUUUAAUGCUACAAAAUGAACACUUGCGCAAAAAGCGGAUGGCAAAUGAAAACCGCAUCACCUGCGCAAUUUUGAUACGCGGAAGAACUCGAAUUUUUCACCACGUAAACAUCACUUGUAAGCGCAGAAUUUUAAGUACAAAUUUGCAAGGCCACUACAAUAGUUGUAAAUAGCCUCAUAUGCAUACCUACAUAAUACUAUGUGCAUAUAUGUGCGCACGCCGUUUAUCCCCCUACGAUAGCAAUCCCGCGAACCACUAACACAACUGAAAAGGGAUGAACACGCGGCAUAAGGAGGAAAUUCAAAGAAGAGGCCAAAAUCAUGAAUUUUUCCAAUAACGAAUCGCAAUUCAAAAAUGUAAAAAAGAAAGCGCCAAAAAAAAAAAAAAAAAAGUCAAAACGUUCCACAGGCAAAUAUGAUGGAGGAAGACCAUUUUUCAGAAGUGUAGACCUCAAAGAAUAUUUAAAACCAGUGCAAUUCGUUAGUGGAGGGUUUCUCAAUAAUAAUAAGGAUGUACCAUCAGCAAAAGAGGACGCAAAUAAAUUGAACUCCACCUUGAGUGACGAUGAUUCAGAUGACUUCAACAAGUACGACGUGUUUAAACACUUCACUUUUAAUUUCGAUUUUGACAAAAAGAAGGAUGAAAAUGACUUUAUAAAAAGUAAUUUAAAAAAGUAUCACCUGAAGGAACUCAAAGAAAAGGACAAAAAGUUUUUUGAAAUAUAUGGAUUAGGGUUUAAAAUUUUAAGGAAAAUGGGUUAUGAAGAUGGCAUUGGGAACAAAAUAAAAACGAACAUAGCUCCUAUAGAACUUCAAAAAAAGCAUGUAACCUUUUUAGAAGAAAAGCCAGAGGAAGAUUCGAAUGAUUCCAGUUCUGAUGUUGACUUACAAACGCGGGAAGAUUAUAUUGACAUUUUUAAUGAACAAUUGUAUAGCAAAAACUUGUGGAAGAAAAAGCAUCAAUAUAACAAGUUCUGGAGCUUUAAGAAGACAAAGAAUUGGGUUAAGACGCAGUUAAAAUAUGAUGCCUGUUUUAAUCCAAAUUUUCAAUUAUACCAUCAUGUUGAUGAAUCCGUUGACGAACAAGCUGGUAAUUUACUAAACGCGCAAAACGUGCUCAUUGAACAUAUUAAAAAUAUCAUGUUCCAAUAUUGCGAUGUUGUAAAAAAACAACAAGAGGCUCAAACUAGAUUAAGGGAUUACCAAAGGUCUGAUUUUCAGAAGAAUAUUUACAAGAUGCACGUUUUAAUUUUAAAAAAUGUCCUGACGUAUAAGUACUUGCUAUAUUUGCACACCACGCUGGCCUACCCCUAUCUCUUUAACAAUGCAACGUUUAAUGAAUACCUUUUUCGGGUUAAACGGCAUGAGCUCAAAGUGGAGGAAGAUGAUGGUGGCAAUCGCGCUGAUGAUCGUGCUGAUCACUGUGCUGAUGACCGUGCUGACCAUUAUGCUGAUGGGGAUGCACACCCAAAGGGUGAUCAAUACGUGUGUAACUCCCCCGAAGAGGGAAGAAUCACGAAAUUGAUAAAUAUCCAACCCAGUCAUUUAACUAGCCCAUUUAGCGAAGGAGGGGCAGUUGAAAAGGGAAACAAAACCUAUUGGGACCUAAACUCCGGUAAGUCCCUCACCUUUGAAGAAAAGCUAAAUAAUUUAUUAACAAGUAAUUAUAAGCUAUUAUGCCAAAACAAAUACUUCAAAAGUGCCCCAAGACCAGUCGGUGCUUCUUCACAUUACACUGGAACGUACAAAACGAUAGAUGACUUACAACACAUAUUCGAUUUAAUAAACAUCAAAAAUAUAGAAAUUGAAAAGGGAAAGGACCCGUUGCUCUUGAGUGACAUGUACACCUCUGUGUUUUUUAUUUACGAAAAUUCGCAAUUCAUGUAUCUGAACAUCCGCGUGUCACGGUUUUUCUUGGAGUUCCUUCGCAUUUAUUUUUACAAUAACAGGGAACGAAUAAGGAAGCAGCUUCUCUGUGGUGACAAGGACGUUGAAGAAGUCACAUCAAUUGGGGGAAAUUCAAAAAAUUUCAAAUUUUUCAAAAAUUCGGAAAGUUCGGAAAGCUCAGAAAGUUCCAAAAGUUCGAAAAGCUCGAAAAGCUUGGAAAGUUUGAAAAACCCACAACCCCGCGAACCGCACAGCGAAGCAACGCAAAGUGCACCGACCGCAAAGGAUGAAGAAGUUUCCCCCAGUGAACAGCCCCCACCUGACACGAACAGCCAAAACAGCCAAAACAACCAACACAACCAACACAAGUUUAACCCAAAUGAUAUAAAAUAUAUAAUAUGCUUAAAAAAAAUUGUUCUAAUGGGAGCGGAGCAAAACAAUAUGAUGGAAUAUCGCAAAAUUGAAAAAAAAUUUGACAACAUAAUAUUCUACACGUAUGUGCACCCCGCCUUGUACAGAAAAAAUUUCCCAGAAGUUUACAAUCAUAUAAAACUUUUUAAGGACGCCAUCAGUUUAACCUAUUAUAAAAACAUAUUAACCUUUUUUAUUGAGAAAAGAAUAAUGUCCAACGUGGAAAAUAUAGAAAAUGGCGAAAUAGAGGAGUGCACUCUACAAGACGUACAAAACAAACUAUCCAUUCUGUUUGACAUUAACAAGCAGUUGAACUUCAGCUCCAACUUAUCUAGCUACUACACACAUUCCAUAUUUCCGUAUUUGCAAAAAUUUGAUCUGUCAGAAAAUUACAUAGAACUCAUAAAAUUGGCACUUAUGGAAAAUAUGUACAAAAAGGAAAUUUUCGAAAUUGUUGUAAAAAGGAUAAUUUGCGAAUUAAUUGACGUGGACUUUGUGGACGACAAUUUUGUGCAACGCCUUCGUAAAGCUAUGAUACUGCACAAGUGCGUAGACGACACAAUCGUCUUUCUCAUCUUUAAGGUGUAUUUUUUUUACAAUUUUGCGAAGCAUGUAUGUGAUUAUCUGAGAGAGCUUAACGCCUUAUAUGUACAAAAAAAUGAACUAAAAAAUAGUGCGUACAAUGUGGAAGCUCCCCUCGCUCCAGGGGAAGACGCCCAAAGCGAGGAACAAAGAAAGCUAAUUCUAACAAAUAAAAAAAAAGAAAUUUAUGAAACCUUUAAAAAGGUGAAAGAUGUUUUUGAAAAUAAUUUAAUGAAAGAUAAUUCCAUAAAAAACAUCAUGUUCAGCAUAUUAAACGUGAUAAAAACGUACCUAUUGCAAGAGAAAGUUGUUACCUUCCCCGUUGAAAUGGUGCUAGACUUUGACAGAAGUAAAAUCUGUUCAGAUGAUAAUACAAAUUACUACUACUUAUAUAAGGAUAUAAAAAUUCCAGUUCCUCUUUACGCAGUUCCACAAAGAGUUAAUAAGGUAUUUCAAAUAAAUUAUAAGCCCAAUGUAAGAAAAAAUCACAUGAGAGAUGAAUCAAAAAACAGCUAUGUAUUUUCUCCGAAAAAAUAUGUCCACUUGAUGAACAAAAUGGAAGAUGAUGUAAAUCAGUAUAGAAGAAACUCGCAAGAUGACGAAAAUAUGAACGUAAAGAAUUAUAUAGAAAGGUAUUGCGUGCAAAAUGAUAUCCUAUUUUUGCAAAAAAAUGAUCGUAAAAUAAACGGAAAUGUAGUCUAUUCGAUUAACAAUUUUUCCAUAUACAUUAGCAACAACAUUAUAUACCUUUAUGAAAAUCACGAAUGGAAGCCAACCCUCUUACGCGACCUGUUGGCUAAAUUUUAG